AUGGCUCCUUCAAGUACUGUCCCUGGUACGUUAUACACAAGUUCUGGGGGGGCUGCUGCGGAAGCAAGGGAAGUAGCUAGGCUUACGUACUUGAUAUCGGGUGAAGUUGCACGACACCGAAGAGACGCAUUUUCCUCCACUCCGUCUUCCAGUGGAUUCCACUUCCCGAGCUUGAGCUCCGGUGCUCUAGGGGUGUUACCUAACUCACCUGGGGGGGAAUUUACCGUGCAGAAAGAACGAAAGACGACGGAGCUACAUGUUACUGAGACUGAAUCAGUUACCGGGUCGGCAUCUAUUGCAGAUGCUCUCCCAUCGGCAGAAUGCAGUUGGGUGAAUGAUCCUCAGAAGCAUCCUUACGUCCGCCUUCCAGAACUAUCGAAAGGUGUUGUUCCGAGACCUUUUGCAGCAGAUGCUGCGUUCUCAGCAAAACUUCUCCAGAACAGCCCAAUGCCGAUGUACCUGACAAUGCGCGAGCUGUUCUUGAAGGAGUCAUUGAGUGCGGAGGAUGCGGAUGACUUAAUGUACAACUGCGAACUUCUUAUCAACUAUGCAAUCCAUCGGCUUACACCUCCUUUGGCUAGGAGAUCUCCUUUCCUCGUCUGUAGGAGGCUGGCGGGUCUACUCAUGAUGUUUGACUACGUGGUCUGUACAGCCCAUAUCGUGGGACCAAGACUGGAGGCUGGACGGUGGUGGCCGCGCUUUGUGAAUUUAUUCCGAAUGGACCACACUUUGCUUUCACGAAAUCGCAUGGGGAGAACCGGAUCCGAUAUGCUUUUGAGCUUAGCUUAUCGCUUGAUUGCUGCACUGGAAAUAUAUAAGACGGGCGCGCGCCCCCCAGCUGUGGAAGACGUCAGGGAGAUUCCUAAUGAAAUUGACUUGCAGCAAGAGAACAGGGAUCUGCAGGCAUCUUCCAGAAUGGCUUGUUGA